CGCCGGGCCGUGCUCCCCGGUGCGUGUGUGUGUGUGUGUUCGUGUGCGUGCGUGUGUCACCCCGCGCAGCGCCCCGGCCGCGCCAGCGCUCCCGGCCGCCGGCGACUCGGGACUGGGCAGCGGGGACCUGCCGGGCAGGGUAAGCGGGCUCGGGGCAGCGCAGGGCCGCGCGCCGCCCCGGACGUCCUGGCCCGGAGGCGGCCCGGCCCGGCUUGACCCCGCCGCCCGGACGGGGAGCGGGUGCGGGAGGAGGAGGAGGAGGAGGCGGCGGCGGCCCCGCGGUCCGCUCCCGGCGGCCGAAGCCCCGCGCAGCGCCGCCCGGCGCCGGACGAGGCGGCCGCGGCCCGGGAUGGAGUGAGGGCGGCCGCCGCCAGCAGACACUUCCGCGUUGCGGGAGGCCGCGCCGGGCCCGCGGUUGGCUCCCUCCCGCCGCUCCGCCGCCGCCGAACACCGGCCCCGAGCGCGGGCAGCGCCAUCCCCUCCGAUGUGGCGGCGCUGCCCCAUGUGAGGCGGCGCCGCCGGGCGGGCUGCGAGGCGGGCCGGGCCCCGGUACCGGCCGGGGAGCUGCGAGGCGGCGGGCCGGGCCCCGGUACCGGCCGGCGGGUGUCCCCCCCCUCGGUGUGCGCGGCGCCGGAUCCCCAUGGCGCCGGCAGCGGCCUGAGGAGGGCGGCGGCGGCGGCGGAUUCCCUAGGCCGCGUCCUCGUCCCCGGCUGUGAGCGAGCUCGAUGCCGAGCACCUCGGACGCGGCGGCUGGCGGGAGCGGGGGAAGCCGGGGCUGGGGCAGCGGCGGCAGCUCGGCGGUGGAGGCGGCGGCCGACAAGAAGCGGCUGCAUCACCGGAGACGAAAGCGCUUCGCGACCCAGCCGCAGCCUCCCCCCCCGCCGCCGGCCCCUCACCCGCUGCUCUUCCCGCUCCUGCAGCCGCCCCUCCUGCAGCCGCCGCUCCUGCAGCCGCCGCUGCCGCCGCAGUCCCUGCUCUUCCUGGCGGCCACCGGCGCCUCCUCCUGCUGCGGGGACGGGGGGGAGCGCAAGCGGCCGCGGGGCAAGCGGCGCUCGGGCUCCCGGCACAAGCGGCGGCGGGGCCGCGGCGGCGGCGGCGGCGGGACCCAGGAGGCGGAGAAGCGGCGCGGUAGCGGGGGCCUGAGCACGCUGGUGGAGGAGUACGACGACGUGAGCUCCCAGUCCGAAGGGCUGGUGGGCGGCAGCGCGGCCGGUGGCGGCGGCGGCGGCGCGGGGAGCGGCGGGGGGAGCCCGGCCUCCUCCUCGGGCGGCGGGACCCAGCGGCAGAGGGGCGAGGCGGAGCGGAGCGGCCGGUCCCGCCGGGAGCACCGCAGCAGCAGCGGCCGCUCCAAGGAGCGGCACCGGGAGCACCGCCGGCGGGGGGAGGAGAAGGCGCAGCAGGAGGGGGGGUCGGCGGGCCGAGGGGCGGCCGAGGCCUCCUCGUCCUCUUCCAAGUCCCGCAGCCGCCACAAUCACUCCGGGGCCCAGGAGCGAGAGGGACUCAAGAGCAGCAGCAGCAGCGACGGCCGCAGGAAGGGCUCCCUCUCCUCGCCCGGCAGCGGCAGGAAAGAGCGGGAGAGCAAAGCGCACCGAAGCCGGACGAAAGCGGCCAAGGAGCCGCCGUCAGCUUACAAGGACCCGCCGAAGGCCUACCGAGACGACAAGCCCGAGCCCAAGGCCUACCGGCGGCAGCGCUCGUCCCCCAGCCCCGGCCGGGAUGACAGCCCCCCGUUGCACCGCUCCUCGCAGAGCCAGCGGAGCCGCAAGUCGCUCAGCCCGGUGGGCGGCCGGUCGCCCCUCAGCCCCUACAGCCGCCGCCGCUCCCCCAGCUACAGCCGGCACAGCUCCUACGAGCGCGGCGGGGACGUGUCGCCCAGCCCCUACAGCAGCUGGCGCCGGUCGCGGAGCCCCUACAGCCCGGUUAUCCGGAGAUCAGCAAAAUCUCGAAGCAGAAGUCCAUAUUCAUCAAGGCACUCGAGGUCUCGAAGCAGACACAGAUUGUCUAGAUCCAGAAGUCGUCAUUCAAGUAUUUCUCCUAGUACAUUGACUCUGAAGAGUAGCCUGGCUGCUGAACUGAACAAAAACAAAAAAGCAAGAGCUGCUGAGGCAGCCAAAGCCAGUGCAAAAGCUUCCAAUACUUCAACACCUACUAAGGGAAACACUGAUACUGCUGCAAGUGCACCUCAAGUGAACAAUGUAAAGGACCUGAAGAAAAUAAAAACUGAGCAUACACCUUCUCCUACAAGCAGCACAAAUUUGAAAAACGACAAGGCAAAAGCAAAGGUCUCACUUCCUGAAACAAAAGGGGAAAAUAAUUUAAUUGCAGACAAAAUUACGAAACAGAAACCUGCAGCAGUAAAAGAGAAUAAAUUAACUGUUGUAAAACAGCCACCAAUCACUGUAAAAGAGAAAAGCAAACCAACUACACCAAGUGUAGUUACCAAGGAGAAGGAUCGAACUGUUGCACUACCAACCUCUACACUGCCACCCUUGCCUUUGCCUCCCACGCUGCCUGAAGAUAAAGAAACAGAUAGUUUGCGAGAGAAUAUUCCAGUGAAGUCAGUUAAAGAAGCAGAGAAGAAGCUUCGCCAUCUGCUUGCAGACUUGCCUCUUCCACCUGAGCUGCCUGGAGGAGGCGACUUAACAAAAAGUCCUGAAGAAAAGAAACCAGUAGUUCAGUUACACAGCAAGAGAAGACCAAAAAUAUGUGGACCACGACAUGGUGAAACGAAAGAAAAAGAAAUAGACUGGGGAAAGCGCUGUGUGGAUAAAUUCGAUAUCAUUGGUAUUAUUGGUGAAGGCACCUACGGGCAGGUUUACAAAGCCAGAGAUAAAGACACAGGGGAAAUGGUGGCACUAAAGAAAGUACGUCUAGAUAAUGAAAAGGAAGGGUUUCCAAUUACAGCUAUUCGGGAGAUUAAGAUUCUUCGACAGCUUAAUCACCAAAGCAUUAUCAACAUGAAGGAAAUAGUGACAGAUAAGGAAGAUGCUUUGGACUUCAAGAAGGACAAAGGUGCAUUUUACCUGGUAUUUGAAUAUAUGGACCAUGACUUGAUGGGACUGCUGGAAUCUGGUUUGGUUCAUUUUAAUGAAAAUCAUAUUAAAUCUUUUAUGAGACAGCUGAUGGAGGGGUUGGCCUAUUGCCAUAAGAAGAACUUUUUGCACAGAGAUAUCAAAUGUUCAAAUAUUCUACUAAAUAAUAGAGGGCAGAUAAAGCUUGCAGAUUUUGGGCUUGCUCGGCUGUACAACUCUGAAGAAAGCCGACCAUAUACCAACAAAGUUAUUACCUUAUGGUAUCGGCCUCCUGAACUUCUGCUUGGAGAAGAAAGAUACACACCUGCUAUCGAUGUCUGGAGCUGUGGCUGCAUCCUGGGUGAACUUUUUACAAAAAAGCCAAUAUUUCAAGCAAAUCAAGAACUUGCUCAACUGGAACUUAUAAGCCGAAUUUGUGGGAGUCCUUGUCCAGCAGUGUGGCCUGAUGUUAUAAAAUUAGCUUAUUUCAACACAAUGAAACCAAAGAAGCAGUAUCGUCGAAAACUGAGAGAAGAGUUUGCUUUCAUCCCACCAGCUGCAUUAGAUUUAUUUGAUUACAUGCUUGCUCUGGAUCCCAGCAAGCGCUGCACAGCUGAGCAAGCUCUUCAGUGCGAGUUCCUGCGAGAUGUGGAACCAUCUAAAAUGCCUCCUCCUGACCUUCCUUUGUGGCAGGAUUGCCAUGAGCUGUGGAGUAAGAAACGCAGAAGACAGAAGCAGAUGGGCAUGACUGAUGACUCAACAGCUGCUAAAGUCCCCAGGAAGGAUCUGUCUCUAGGCAUGGAUGAGAGCAGAACCAACACCCCACAAGGCAUGCAAACUUCUUCCCAACUCAAAACUCAGGGCAACUCUAGUGUAGCACUUGCAAAAACAAGCACUGGACAGCAGUUAAACCAGAAUGAAGUGGCAAUCCUGCUAAACCUGCUACAGUCUAAAACAAGUGUUAGUUUGGCACAGUUUGCCCAAGUGUUGAAUAUUAAGGUAAACCCAGAGACUCAGCAGCAACUAAAUAAAAUAAAUCUUCCUGCUGGAAUUUUGUCAGCAGGUGAAAAACAGUCAGAACAGCAGCAGCAGCCGCCGCCGCCUCCGCCACCACCGCCGGAACAGGAGCCUCUCAAACAGCCGGUCGCGCAGCCUCCUGUGCCACCUGCUCAGCUGAGCCAGCCAAAAGUUGAGACUGAUGCUGCCCAGGCAGCUGUGCAAAGUGCGUUUGCUGUUCUGUUGUCUCAGUUAAUAAAGGCUCAGCAAACAAAACAAAAAGAUUUUGUGUUGGAGGAGAAGGAAAACGGAUCAGGAAAUGAAAUGUCGUUACAACUCAGGCAGCCUCCAGAGCCCACCACUCCUGCGUCUGUCAGCCGGGACGACGUGGAAUCUCCGGCACCUGGCUACCCGCAUCUGAUCAAGUCAAUAUAUACACCUGCAGGUCAAGAGGAUUUGGUUAGGCAGUCUGAGAUGAGGCUUCUGAACCGAACACCCGAACAAGAGCGCCCUCGGAUCUUGCCUCCAGACCAGCGACCCCCAGAGCCCCCGGAGCCCCCUCCUCUCACCGAUGAAGACCUUGAUUAUCGGACAGAGAACCAGCAUUUGCCUAUAACUAACUCUUCAGGAGCAGAUCCUCACGCAGGAGUGAAAGCAGCUCUUCUGCAGCUGCUUGCUCAGCAUCAAGCUCAGGCAACGACAGAGGAGCCGGUACAAACGAGUGUGGAUUACCAGGCUAGAGAGCCCUAUGUAACAGGCCCAGACUACAAGGAUAACUUUGGAUCAUCUUCCUUCUCAUCUGCCCAUUACGGCAGUAGCGACGGAAUAGGAAGCGGAUCAUCAGGAGCAUUAGAAAGGAGGAGCUUCCUUGGCAACUCGGAUAUCCAGUCUCUGGAUAACUACAGUACUGCUUCAUCUCACUCUGGUGGUGCCCCUCCUCCAUCGGCCUUUUCAGAAUCCUUUCCCAGCUCAGUAACUGGUUAUGGAGACAUUUACCUCAACGCUGGCCCCAUGCUAUUUAGUGGAGACAAAGAUCAUAGGUUUGAAUACAGCCACGGCCCCAUCCCGGUUCUGGGGAGUGGCGGUGACGCUUCCGCAGGGCCGGAGAGCACGCACCCUUUGCCUGCAAAGAUGCACAACUAUAGCUAUGGAAGUAACUUGCAGGAAAAUCCCGGUGGCAUCAGCCACAUGCAUGGACAGACUUGGACUUCUCCUGCCCAAGGACCUGGCUAUUCCCAAGGAUACAGGGGACACAUUAGCACAUCUGCAGUGAGAGGGCGAGGCAGAGGACUACCAUUUUGAGUAUCUGUUUUUCCUCAGGCACAUCAUUUUUAUCUGGAAAAACUUCUUUUCCCCACCCCCCCCUCCCCCAACCCCCAGCUGCAGUUUAAAGCAGCAGUUCAACAGACUUGAAUAAUAUUAAUUCAACAGCUUUAUUUUUAUGUGGAAAAGGGUCUUGCGUACAGUAGGAAAAAUUAAAAAUGCUUAAAACUCAUGCUGUCUGAAAACUAGAUGAAUUGAUUGUACAUGUUCACAAACUCUAGUUCUGAAUUUUAUUUUGUAUUUUGGCAGUUUUAAGUGGAUGCUAAAUUUAAGGACAUCAGCUUUUUAUGGCACUCUUUCAGAUCUUCUGAACUAUGCACAUUUGUGCUUUUUUUGUAAGUUUGGACCAACUUUUAUGUAAAAAAAUUUUACAACAAUCAAAGCAGGGCACUGAUUUAUUUGGUAUUUUUCUUUUUACAGAACUACCUUUAGUCAAAGGUCACUGUCAGUCUUUGCACUGCUUUCAGUGUUAUUGUGGAAGGUGUACUUUGUGCUCAUUUCAGAUAAUAAAACACGACCUUUCUCUUGAUGCAAAAUUUUAUAAAUACUUCGUCAAUGUUUUGUUUUUUUUUUUUCUUUCAAGAAAAAAAAAAAAAAGGUUGUUCUGGUAAAAUGUUCUCUCCAUCUCCCAGGCUUGUUUAUAUAAAAAAUUUACUUGAAUGGUAAGUGCCUUAACAUGUGAGCUUAAGGUCUGCAAAAAUUUGGAAUUACUUUAUAGAUGGAUACAAAAAUAACACCUAAACUUAGGUAGUUAACGUGAAAAUUCAGCUAAUAAUAGGCAACUCAAAUAGGUCAUAAUGUUGUGCUGUUUACUUCAGGUGGGCCUGUCAUUUAGAGACUUAGUCUUAUCUUGAUUAAAUAAUAAUUUCCAAAUUGAACUUCAUGAGAAAUGUUGAAAAUGAGGAGAAGAAUGAAGAGUGUAGUUUUUCCUCAGCUCCCUCUUAGAGUUGUAGUAAGUGUUUUAGUUCCUCUGCCAAAUGAACUAUACUUUAUAUGUCCUUACCAAGUGAUGAAAUAGCUUUUCUCUGAAAUGUCAACAGCAGUAACUACUUUGUGUGAAAAGCAGACACUGUUAUCUUUUUACCACAAAUAAUGCAUUAUAGGAAGUAACAAAGGAAAAAUGACCAGUAUUUAAAGCAACAGCAAAAUGGUUGACACUAGUUCUAAUUCUCUGUAAACUUGUGAUUGUGCCAAUUAAUCAAUUUCCUGUCCGCUAUUCCACAGAACAUUUUAAUACUGGAAUUGAGUCAGUCUGAACAACUGAUAAGAUGACUGUAGUUGAAACUCCUACCAAGAGCCACUCCUCACAUUAAUUACAACUUCCAGCAUGUUUUUUUCUUUUCCUUUGACAACAAGUGGUCUCUCUCCUGCAGAGAGGGAGGAAUGGUUAUAUUUUGCAUGUACAUCAAAGAAUGUUUUAAAGCCCAUAUUGGAAACAAUUUUCCAACUGAUUAUCCAGUUGACAAAUCGGUACCUUAUGUAACUGAGUGUUUAAUGAUUACUUUUUGAAAAGUAAAAUUUCUACUUACACUAUUACAAAUGUAGUCUUGUCAGUGACUUCUUGGAUUUUCAGAAUAGAAGCCAAAGUCGUUGGUGUUUUGUUAUGUUUUAGUUGAAAAUCGUGGUUCACGUGUGGCUGACUGCCAGCUUGCAGAGCACAGGGAAACUCACUUUGCUAACUACCUAGUGUUUGAGGAUCUGAAAAAUGAGAAAUGGAGAGAGAGAGCUCAGUUGCUUAUGAUGUCCCUGUGAGUCUGGCAGUUGCCUUUGCUACACAUAGGAGAUAAAUCCUGCAGUCUAAAAACGAAUGCCUGGUCAGAAACAAGUACGACCUGAAAAAACCUGUGCUUAAGAAAAACAAAAGCUUCCCCCUGUGAAUGACAGUGCAUUGGUAGUUUUCCUUGAGUAAGGACACCCUUGUAGCAUUUUUCUGUAAGUAGAAUUUUAAAAGGCAAAAAUUAUUAGUCUCAUUUAGGUAUGGGCAGUGUCAGCUCAGGCUUUUUGUUUGCUAAUCUUAAAAAAAAAAACAACAACCCCAUGGUGAUACACAGUUUGCUCUUUUUCAGAGUCAAGCUCUUAUGCAGUUGUUGUCACUAAAAAUGAGCAGUCUGGUGUUACUCUCCUGCACUUAAAAUGUAACUGCAGGUGAUAAUUUGCUAAAAAAGCAGGUAAGUUCAAAUAGAAGGUAGAUCUCAGAGGACUAAAUUAUUUCACUUCUGAUACAAAAAUGAGAGGAAGAUGUUCUGUCUCCUGCUGCUUCCCUUUUGGAGGCAAAUUUUUAAGUCAGUUCAUUUAAUUCAGAAGUUAGUCCCCUGUACGUGUGUAAAGGACAGUGUAGCUUCCUUAGGGACUGGCAGGAAUCUGAUGUUGCAUCGGUCUGCCAACAGGGGUUUCAGUCUUUGGUCAUGAACAAAACACCCCAGCACAAGUAAUCCUGACUACGAAGAGAGGGAGAAGAAGGUGCAAUAGACAGUUGACUUUCAGGUGAAUCAGAAACAAAACUCUGGCACGCCGUGGCAGAUGGCAUGCUGCACAAAGGCUUUUCCCUAAAUUCAGUUUAAGGAUUACUAGCCUGUGACUUUGAAAACUUACUUGCUUGGGACAACAGUGUUGGGACAAUUUGAAGGGAAAGUCGACAUAUUUCUCUAGAUGGUAACUUUGAAGAGUUUGAGUUCUCUCCACCUUGGAAGAUGAUCUUGGCUCUUCUGCUGGCAUCCUUUCCUCCUGGGCAGGUCAAGGCUGUGCAUGAGCUGCCUGUGGGGAAGGAGCUUUGCCCUCCCUCUGCAGGGCAGCCCCUGGGGUUGCCUAGGAGUUGUGUCUGGGCAGGUUAGCAGCCAGGGAGCAGGCCAGAUCUAAGGACUGUAGGUUCACAUUCAUUGGUAUUGGACCUGAGUAUCAUCUAUCCAAAUUUCUUUCUAACUACAUCACAUGACAAGGUGAUGAUUGGCAAUUCAGAUUUUUACCCUUUUGAACAAAUUUCACUCAGCCACAUUGAUCCAGAGGAGUUUGGCAUUUUACAUCAUGUGGCUCUUGCGUUUUUGAUGCAGUGGUAGACAUUCUGAAAACAACAUUAUUUUUCUGUGGAGCUGUGGCUUUUGUUACUUCCCUCCCCCCCCCAUCCCUUUGGGUUUACGUUUUCUGUGCUGCAAUUCCAAAGUGUGCUACAGAGACCUGGACACUACAUCAAAAAGUAAGUGUUGUGUGUUUGUAUUUUUAAAUAAACAUAGCAAAAUACUGUAAUCAUGGACUACCAAGUAGCAAAUACUUCAUUAUUUAUAUUAAGUGGUCUUUAGCCAUACCAAGAGGAAGAAAGUGAGCACGACUGGACGGCUAUGACUAUGACUUAAAAUGCUUAGAGUAUUAGAAUCCCUAAAAUCAGCCAAAGGAAAAGGAAAUGGCUUUUAUCAUGGAUUGCUUAUUGUUGUUACCUUGAAGAGAAGAAGCAGUGUUAGGGGAAAGGUGUAAAAAUACAUGUAUCCUUAAAUAUUAAUAUAAUUUCUUGGAAAAAUAAUUUUUAAAUGGCAAACUUCUAUAUUUUAUUACGCUUCCAUAAAACAUGGUCUAUGUUAUAUUUUCUCCAUACCACAGUAGUGUAAGGUGCUUUUUAGAAGCAGAGGUGAUACGUGCUGUAAUGUAAGUUCUUAGGGUUUUGAGUGCUCUUCUCCUGCUUUUGGUGCUUGGUGCAGGAGGCAGUUUCAGUUGUGGUGAAGUUUACAGCUGGAUGAGUUUAAUAGACAAUUGUGUGGUAAAAACUGAAGUACUGAAGUAACAUAGGAUACCUCUUGUCUGUGGGCAAAUUAGAUCUCAGACCGUGAAAUCUGUUUCCAAGAGAGAAAAAAUCUCAGAUGUAUUUCUUGCGUCCUUCUGUUCAUCAAUAAAACACGCGAGUGUUUUACGUUCAACAUUUCUCCCGUCUGUUCUGUUACACUGUUUUUUACAGGGGGAAAUUUUGGCUGUUUCCCUUCUUGAUAGUUCUGGCAUGUUCUAUAUAAGCAGAAGUGUAAUGGAUUUAAGGAAUCACCAGAAAACUGAUUGGACUUCUAUAUUUAAAAACGAAAUGACCUUGGGUUGACUUAAAAUUGAACUAACUUUUGCUUAUCAGGGUGAAGAUUACUUUAUUGCAGGAGUUAUUUCAAGGCAACCUAAUUGAUAAAACUGUUACGCUUCAGCUUGCUUACUCUUUGUUAUUUUAAGCCAUUUGUAUAUAAAAUGUAUUGUGCGGCCUGUAAAUAAAAUACAUGAAAACUUGAA